AUGUCCAUGUACUCGCCGACCACAGACCAUAUGAAUAUGAAUGAUCAUGAAACGACAGUGCUAGACGAAAAUCUCGAAAUAAGUGGUGGGAAUGAAGACACGGUAACGACAACCGAAACCGAGAAAACCCCCGUGGAUUCUACCAAGAAAUCGCCCACGAGUAAGAAACUCGUGGUGACUACGGCAGUCCUUAAACCCACAUCGACGCUUCCGCCAGUCACUACUACUCCUGCGACCACAACAACACCAGAGACCACAAGUACCCGCAGAACCACCAUAACCCCGGUGACGACGACUACCCGGAGAACUAGUACAACGGUCGACCACGAGUACACUGAGGACAACGAGGACCUCGAGGACAACACGUACCCCGAAGACCCCAAGUACUCCUUCUACCACAACUACGUUCACUACCAGAACUACACCGAGGACAACUACAAUGGCGACCACAACAACCCGUGCGACCACAACUACCCGUCCGACCACAACAACUCGUGCGACCACAACUACCCGUACGGCCACCACAACACUGCCGACUACGAGGACAUCGACUACCACCAGAACUCGGGCCACCACUAG